UUAUAAACUACCUCAGUUUUUUUAUCUUUCAUUUCUCUUCACUCAUUCUAACCACUCCCAUAUUCUGUUUUUCUCUAAUUGGUUUUGGAGAAAAAUCAUACUCACUUUCAAUUAAUGAACUCAUGAUACCAUAAAUAAAAUUUUCAUUAGGAAAAUUACCAUUUCAUUUCUUUCACCUCUUGUUUUCUUCAAUCAUAAUUCUCUAUUAAUGUGAUAAAGUCACAAAAUCUAAGACAACCCUUUUAUCUCUAGAAUCUAGUAUGAAUUUUGUAACCAAAAACCACUUGAUCCGUCAUGUAUCACAAGCUCCUCCACAUAAUUAUGCUACAAAUUUUCCAACCAUACCAAUAAUUGUAGUAGGAGUGAUGGCAACAUCUUUGUUGCUAAUGGCCUACUACACCUUUGUGAUCAAAUGUUGUCUCAAUAGGAACACUAUUGAUCUUAUUAUAGAAAGAAAUUUGUCUUUUUCAAGACAACAUGAAAAUCAAUCUUCAUCGAUCUCAAUAGCAUCGGAGCCAAGAGGACUAGACCAAGAAGUGAUUAAUUCAAUUCCAACAAUUCAUUACAAAAUAGAAAAAGAAAAUGGUGAAAGAGUCUCUAGUGAAUGUGCUUUUUGUUUGAGUGAGUUUCAACAAGAUGAGAAACUAAGAGUUAUACCAAAUUGCAACCAUUUAUUUCACAUUGAUUGUGUUGAUAUUUGGCUUCAAAACAAUGCAAAUUGUCCACUUUGUAGAAGUAAAGUUUCAUUGACAAGAGAAAUCCAAGUUGAACAUGUUCUUACUCCAAGACCUUCACCUUAUUUGCAAAGCCAAAAUGUUGAAAACAUCAUUAGUGGUUGUGAAGAUUUUGUUGUGAUUGAUUUAGAUAAUAAUGAACAUGUUGAUGAAGGACAAAACUUGCAUGAAAUAAGACAAGAAAGAGGUAAAGAAUUGGAAGUACCAAGAGAUUCUAUUAGUCCUUUAAACAAGAAAGCAAUUAAGCUUCAAAAAGUGAUUAGCAUGGGGGAUGAGUGUAUAAUUGGUAUGAAAGACAAAUUUGAUGGUAUCUUAAUUCAACCAAUUAGAAGGUCUUUCUCAAUGGACUUAUCCAUUGAAGUUUGUGGUGAUAGUAGUAUUAGAGCAAAGAGAUCAUUCUUUUCCUUUGGACAUUGAAGUAUAUCAAGAAGUUCUAGAAGUUCUGUUUUACCUAUUCAUUUGGAACCUUAAGGUUUCUUUCGCGACUAAAUCAACAUUUUAGUCUUUGAAAUUGUAAGAUUAGUUUAUUUAGUUUAUUAAAUUCACGAAAUAUCAACUUAAUCUCUUAUAUUGAACAAUAAUGUCGGUUAUUUUAGUCAUUUUUCUAAAUUUGGUUUGAGGUUUUAAUAAAAUUUGCUGUUUAUAAAA